AUAUCCCAGCAAAUCCCCCAGUUUGAAGAUGUGAAGUUUGAGGCAGCCAGCCUUCUGUCUGAGCUCUACUGUCAGGAGAAUUCCGUGGAUACAGCAAAGCCUCUGCUCCGUAAAGCCAUCCAGAUUUCCCAGCAGACUCCCUACUGGCACUGCAGAUUGCUUUUUCAACUUGCACAACUACACACACUUGAAAAAGAUCUAGUAUCUGCAUGUGACCUUCUGGGAGUGGGAGCAGAGUAUGCUCGGGUGGUGGGAUCAGAAUAUACCAGAGCCCUGUUUCUGCUAAGCAAAGGGAUGCUGCUUCUGAUGGAACGGAAGCUGCAGGAAGUGCACCCGCUCCUCACCCUCUGCGGGCAGAUCGUGGAGAACUGGCAAGGAAACCCCAUCCAGAAAGAGUCCUUACGGGUGUUCUUCCUGGUCCUGCAGGUCACACACUACCUGGAUGCUGGGCAGGUGAAGAGCGUGAAGCCGUGCCUGAAGCAGCUCCAGCAGUGCAUCCAGACCAUCUCCACCCUGCAUGAUGAUGAGAUCCUGCCCAGCAACCCUGCUGAUCUCUUUCACUGGCUGCCCAAGGAGCACAUGUGUGUGCUGGUCUACUUGGUGACAGUGAUGCAUUCCAUGCAAGCAGGGUACCUGGAGAAGGCUCAGAAGUACACAGACAAAGCACUGAUGCAGCUGGAGAAGCUGAAAAUGUUGGACUGCAGCCCUAUCCUGUCAUCUUUCCAAGUGAUUUUGUUGGAACACAUCAUCAUGUGCCGACUUGUCACGGGACACAAAGCCACAGCAUUGCAGGAGAUUUCCCAAGUCUGCCAGCUCUGCCAACAGUCUCCCAGGCUGUUUUCCAACCAUGCUGCCCAGCUGCACACUCUGUUAGGGCUCUACUGCAUUUCUGUUAAUUGCAUGGACAACGCAGAAGCACAAUUUACCACAGCACUGAGGCUCACUACACAUCAAGAGCUGUGGGCAUUUAUUGUGACAAACUUGGCCAGUGUCUACAUCAGGGAAGGCAACCGGCACCAAGAGCUUUACAGCUUAUUGGAAAGGAUAAAUCCAGACCAUAAUUUCCCUGUGAGUUCUCACUGUCUCCGAGCAGCAGCUUUUUACAUCCGAGGUCUCUUCUCCUUCUUCCAAGGAAGAUACAAUGAGGCCAAGAGGUUUUUGCGAGAAACGCUGAAAAUGUCGAAUGCAGAAGAUUUGAAUCGACUGACAGCCUGUUCCCUGGUGCUCCUGGGUCACAUAUUCUACGUGUUAGGGAAUCACAGGGAAAGUAACAAUAUGGUAGUACCAGCCAUGCAGCUUGCAAGCAAGAUACCAGAUAUGUCUGUGCAGCUCUGGUCUUCAGCUCUGCUUAGAGACCUGAACAAAGCCUGUGGGAAUGCCAUGGAUGCACACGAGGCAGCACAGAUGCACCAGAACUUCUCCCAGCAGCUGCUCCAGGACCACAUCGAGGCCUGCAGUCUUCCAGAACACAACCUGAUCACGUGGACAGAUGGACCACCUCCUGUACAGUUCCAGGCACAGAACGGACCCACCACCAGCCUGGCCAGUCUCCUGUGAAAGAGGAAAAACUAUCAGGACAGUGUGUUUGAAAAGGAGAAAAAAAACCAACAAAACAA